CGCACUUCCACUCCUCAUAUUGCCAUUCGCGUCUCCGAUUCUUCACUCCCUCUCUCUCUUUUUGUGCGGAGGGUUGUUUUAAGUUUCAGGAGGGACACAUAUUCCAUAAGAGCUCGGUUUAUUGUGGAGAUAGAAGCUCAUAUUCGUAGGGAGGCGUUUCUUUUCUCCCCUCCGAAGUGGAGAGAGCAGUUUGGCCCGGAGUGAUGCGCUAUUUCUUUAAAUGAGAAAGUCAGAGACAUGUCUCUUUCUGUGGAGGACAACGCCAGCCUCGCUGCCAUAAUGUACGGGCGAGAACAAGCGAGUCUUUCCAUCCUUAAGACGACAUCUGGACCUGCCAGGGCUCAGAGAUCUUAGAGUGCUUAAUGCCAUUAACAACUAUUGGAAUAAACACCCAACACUAAGGGGUCUGUUCCUCCCACAACAACUCUGUCUCUGUCCUGGUGCUGAGAAGGUUCGACUCAAUUGCCCAAUUCCAAUGGAGAACCUAAGCGAACUGCAGAACCCAUUACUGGACAAAAACAGUAAGCACAUGGUCAAUGGUUACGGAGGAGAGUUCCCCAACAACCAAUACCAAGAAAACAUUAUUAACUACUUUGCUGGAGGAGGAGGGGGUGGAGGUGAGGGCGGUGGAGGAGGCGGAGGAAAGGUAAAUAAUGGAAAUGUAGUCAGUGGAGGAAGUUAUAGCACCAAUGGGAAGGUGAAAUCGCAGCAAUUUCUGGAUGCCACCUCACUGCAUCUUGCAGUUGAGGCCUUCUACAGGCCUAACUUCAUCUUGUACAAGGAGGACAGUGGAAGCAUCAAGGCUAAGGAAUACAAAAGUGAGUGCUGCGAGACUACCUUUACUGAGAAAAAGGCAAAGGAGGUGUCCAACACAUUAGGGGGGGACACACCAGGUGCGGAGGAUCCUCAGACCAAGCUGCUGGAGGACGGCGAACAUGUCAAAAUUCAAACUGUUUCCUACGAGGUAGAGGAGGAGGAGUAUGUGGAGUAUGAGACAGACUGCUCCAGUGACAGUGAGAGUGAAGAUAACUUCAUAGUUGUUCCACCACGAGACCACCUUGGCCUGGCUAUAUUCUCCAUGCUCUGCUGUUUCUGGCCUUUGGGGAUAGCAGCCUUUUACUUCUCACAGGGGACCACCAAGGCGGUGAACAAAGGAGAUUUCCCGCUGGCCAACAUCGCCUCCCGGAGGGCUUUGUUCCUUGCUGCCCUCGCCAUCACUAUAGGCACCGGUGUUUAUGUAGGCGUGGUGGUAGCUCUCAUUGCCUACCUCUCUAAACCAGGACACAUAUAGCAGAAGCACCCUCCUUUUCUCUAUCUCCUGGGAGCCUGGAAGGAGAACAAACCCCCUUUGGGAGGCAGAGUUGAAACUUGCAGACUUUAAGGAAACUUUUAUGGGGAUGUAAAGUUUUUUUCCCCUUUUCCCCAUCCACCUCUCCUGCCCUUUCUUCCAAAAUACCCUCUGGUAGCCAAGAUUAGCCACAGUGACUGGAGACGGGUCAAGGUUGAGGACAAGAAAAGGGAGACAGGAGAAAGAAACCGGACUGACUCCAAGAAUGUAAUGGAUUAACUUCAAAUAAGGCGAAUUUGCAUUUGAUGGACUUUUUGUUGGCUUGAUCAAUCUUUGACUGAAUUUCACCUCCAAAGUCUCCUAAACUGAUCUGUGAAGAGAGAAAAGAACAAAAUAAUUAAGUGAAAUCACUUAACUGACUAUAAACGUUAAAAUGAUGUGUAAAAUAUCACCUCUCUAUGAAUUACAACUAAUAUUGUGUCCCAGCUUCUCUUAACAGUUUUCAUUCUGUUGUGCCAGUUGUGAUCUUUGAAUCACCAUUCAAGCAAUUGAUAUUUGUACUGACCUGACUCCCUUACAAGAAAGUAAUAAAAUUAAAUAUAAAUACAUACAAAGUUGUUAUAAUGCUGAGAGAGAACCUUUGACUUGUCUUUUCUUUUUGUGAGGUUAUAACCACAAACUUCAUUGUAUUUUAUUGGGAUUUAAUGUGGUAGAUCAACACAAAGUAGAUGUGACCAUAUGUUUAUGGUCAUUGUCCUGUUAUAAGGUGUUAUUUUGCAUCAACUUUAAAUGUUUUACGUCCUCAGUUUAGUCCAGGAUUGACUUGUAUUCAACUUUAUCCCCAGACUAUCGCACUACUAACAUUGUUUUAGAUAUAAAUGUAUACGAUAAGUCUGUUGGUCGGUUACUUGUCCCAACAUGACAAAGUGAAACCGACUACAUUCUACACUAGGUCAAAGCGUGACCAAGUCUGAAGCCGCCUCAUGUGGGGUCUCUGCACAUUGGUGAACGAUGCCUCCCCAACCCCUUAAGAUGCAGGCACCAAACAAAGAAGAACGUCCAUAGGGUUUGGUGUUAGGUUUUUUUUUUUUUUUUUUUUUUUACAAUAUAUAUUUGUAAACGCUGUUCAUUUUUUUGUUGGUCCUCUGUCAGAACACACAAACACCUUUUUUCUCUCCUCUGAAUUCAUUGGGCCUCAUGCAAGAACCGUUUGUACAAACAAAUUAGUUUGUACAAUUUAAGAUAAAUUGCCACAUUCACCAUUUUUCUGCUAUUUCUAAUGUUCGCUCAGGUAUGAACACUUUUUACAGGCUCUAGACUUGAUGUAGGAGUCUUGCACAAUCAAUCAGCUAUUAUCCAAACCAAGUUUUUCAUUAAAUGACCAAAUUUGUUUUUACUUAGAAGAAAUGUUCCAUUUUAUUAGGUUACAUCAUUACACAUUAUUCAACUCUGCAAUAAUAAAUUACUAUUUUAUUCACUGAUGACAGAACUAUCGGUCACUAAACCUGCGGCUGAAAUGUCGGUAUCCAAGGGACACUGGUUUAAUUCUUUUUAUUCUCAUUAAAAGAAAGUGCAGUCAGCUCUAUGUAGGAACGAGCUACUAUUGAAAUAACAUGUGGAACAGAAAAUGGAUGAAAACUUAAGAAUAAAGAUCAGCAACUUGCUGCUUGAAACUUGUAAUGGUAAGACCUGCAUUUAUUUAUGCUAUUUAUAUUUAUUUAUAUUUAUAUUUCCUUUUUGGAUUAUUAUAUAUAUAUUUUUAGUUAAAUUUCACUGCAUCACAGCUUUGUACAUGAAAUGUGGAAUGUUUGGGUCAGUCUGAAUUUGUUUAAUUAGCGUAUCUCCGUUAACAUUUUCCUGUUUAUGCAUGAAAUAGAGAGUGGGAGGAAGAGAUGGUAGAUGUGGUCUAGAGAUGUACAGCACACCUGUGCACCUUUAUUAAAGGUGUGGUGUUUGUUAAAGAACUGAUAUUAAGCAUUUGCAUCAUAUGUUCCACCUCUAGCCUCCACUAGUAGUUUUCAUUGACAGUUUUUUUAGAUCAAAUGUUUUUUAUUAUUUUUUUUAUUUUUACUUCUGUACAGUUUAACCACUUUAUACACAGCUCAUGUGAUUGGAUCUCUUGGAUCCUUGAACCUAUAACGUUUUUCAAAUGCCAUUUCAAUGAAUGAACACCUUCUGACAAGCGUGCAAAGUUGUAGCCCUCCUACUUAUGGCAUUAUUUGUGAGGUAAUUAUGCAGAUUCGUAGUUCUCAUGAAUGUGCACUCAUUUAAGCUUCUUGUUUAUGAGAAUCAUUUUCUGAAGUUAAGAACGUUUGUUAAAUCUGAUGUGGCGCAUUCAUAGAAGUCAACAGUAGGAGAAAAAGUAAGAGAAAUUUCCAAAAAUAUGAAAAAGUUGCUUGAGGCCCAAAGUUUAUAUCCUACUUCUCCCUUCUUUCUUCUAUCUUCUUUAUCUGCAUGGCAGUGCACCACCCACUGGUACGGCAUAAGUAUUUCAAUGCCUAUUAUAACUUUGUCAGCUCUAGGCGAUUUCAUAUAUACACUUUAAUUUUUUUUUCAUGCGGAUACCUUAUUCCACUUUGUGUGGUUGUAGCCAUAAUCUCUCCUGAUCAGAUGAACUUCUACCAAAUGCUGUUUCCCUUAGCAUCUGGUAAAACCCAAAUGAGAAAAUAUAUGACUUUCUUUAACAUUAGUGUUCUGCCUGUUGCUCUUAUAAGGCAAACAAAUGUACAAAGUGGAAUUUCAUUUAGUAACAGAUUAAUCGUUAAAUCAUUAAAACAUGCCAUAUACACGUAGAAUAGACUCACAGCGGUUAUUGAUCCAAAUUGUUCAAAUUACAUACAAACAUUUUACAUUUAGGAUUGAAAAAAAAAAUGUUGUUGUUAAUAAAUAUGCUUAUACUAAAUAAUGCUUGAUCUAAAAUUCCUUUAAUGGCACAAAUUUAACUUCAAUUGGUUCAGAUUCUGGAGGGAAAAAAAUCGUAUAUUUAGUAUUCUGAAGCACCUUUUGCUGUCCCAUUAUUAAUAGUCAUAUUGAAAAGAAAUAUAAAGAAAGUAAUCGGUUAGCAAAAUAACCAUUAGUUGCAGGCAUAAACUGAAUCCAGCGCCUGAGUAAUGCAUCUCUGCAGCUCCUCCAUAGGCCACUAUUAGGAUCGGUUGUUUGAAUUCUCUCCUCUACUUGUAUCCCCUUUUAAAUACCCUUUCUCUUUGAGGUCUGUAAAGGUCUCUAGAAGCUGUUUGAUUUCUAGCAAACCUUUGAACAAAUCAAGGAACACUUGUAAUAAGCUGGUUGGACUGGUGUUUAUUUAUGCAUAUCAGAGAACGAUUGCUGAAUACAAAUGCAAUGUACCCCUCUCAGAAUUAUAGGAAAAUUGAAUGUAUUUAUUUUCACUCUGAAUUUUUGUGCUGCUUGAUGUUGAUCACAUAAUAUCCCAAUAGAGUUUACUGUUUGUGUUUAUAAGGUGACAAAAUGUAAAAAACAAAUAAAAAGAUGAAUGUCUAUUGAUUCAAUUCACUGUACACUAAAAACUACUUGAAGAUGUUGAGUGAUGGUGAUUAUCUCUAAAAAAGUUUUAGAUUGUAUUGAACCUCAAAAUAAUUUUCCCAUUGCAAAGGUUUCUCACUGGACGGGGAACAAAUCUGCUCAUGAAGAUAUGGCUUUUAUGGCUGUCUUCUAAAGUCCCCUCUGGUUUAAAGUAAUUUUUAAUGAUCUCACUUUAAAGCAUGUAAGAAGCGCAGAUUUGAGCUGUUCAGAUGGUCUGAGAUUGAGCGCCAAUGGUCUCAGCAAUGCACAACUGACAGGAAUAUUAUAAAUCAUGUAGAUUAUCGUGUUAUAAAUAAUACCUUGCAAAAUUCUUCCUGAAUAAAAGGUGAAAUGCCAUCUGACAGUGCUGAAUUUUGCUCUAAUCUGUUUUUCCGUGCAUGAGUCCUGCCCUACCGGCAGUAUGCUGCACCGCAUGAUUGGUUGGACAAUAUAACUAGUUUCUUUAUGUCAGAUUCAGAAGAAAAUCAAACAGCUGUAUAAAAGAAAAUCCAUUCACAAAUUUUGACUCUAAAUUCCAAUUUUCUGCUGAUAAAAGACAUUACAUAAAGGACAUACUGCAGGUCAUUUAUGAGUGAAACCUAAUCCAGGCGUUACCAGUUUCUCCAUCAUGCUUUGAGUAUUUUUUUAUAGACUCUCGAAUGAAUAGAAUCUUCACUGACUUGAAAUGUAACUCACUGGCAUUUUAGGUGAUGUUUCUGCAUUGUAGCUUAGAAACCAGACAUAGUGUUAAAGCCGUAAGGAAGUCACAUGCUACACUUUUCUGCACAGGUACAGCAUUCUUUGCUCCAGAUAAUUAGGGUGUAAAGCAAGCUCUGUUUUUGAUGGGGACUGUGAAUUCUCUGGAGCAUAACCCUGAAAUAGCACAGCUAUAUUAAUUUCUCUAUUAAGCUACUUUAAGUGUUGCUGUUUUCUGCAAAACACUGCAGGUAAAUACUCCAUGAUAAACCAUGCUGUAUUUUUAACCAAAGCCUGGUUUGAGUAGUUUUUUUAUUAAAGCCAAACAGAAAUAUUUCUUAACUUUAAUGUAGAUUAAUUUUAACAGUUUCCUUUGAAUUUUUGUCAGUCCAAGAAAGCAUGCUCUCUCUCAGCUUUUAAAACGACUUCCUCCAUUGGACCAUGAGUUGCCACUGAAACUCUGGAGCCACUGGAUGCAUUAAAAGCACAUGUCACGGUCAUCAGUUAAAUUAACAUUAAAUCUAUUUUUUCACCUUUGAAACAUGCAGUCACUUAUGUAAAGUGAAAACACUUUAAAUGCAUGAAUGGUUUUUGUUUUUUUGCCCUUUUUUGUUUUGUUUCAUUUUCCUAGUAGAAUACAGUAUGUUACAAUGGUAUGUGAACUGCUGUUUUUAUCUAUUUCAUUUAUGUUGAUGACCUGAAUCCAUGCAACAAAACCAUGCUGCUGAAUGCAGUUGUAAAUGGCUGAGUGAUGGUGUGCUGUUUGUGUUGUGCUUAUAUGUCACAUGAAUGUUCUUUUGGUUUUUAUGUGAAAGCAUCAUGUAAAUAAAUACUGUCAAUAAGAUGCAAAGGGAUUCUCAAAUGUACUGAAAAAUAAAUCUGAAUGGAAGGGUGUCCUCUUCUU